AUGUGCAACAGGCAGGAAGGAGAGAAGGAGAAUCAUAAUUAUCAAAAAGACACUGACUUUCACUAUGCAUCUAGGAAUGGUAUCAUUGAGGUGGCAGAGUUUUUCGUUGAAAGUGGAAAAGAUGUGAACGUGACCAAUAAAUACAAAGAAACUCCUUUACAUGCCGCAUCUGAGCAAGGUCAGAUAGAAAUGGUUCAGUUCUUAGUUGAAAAUGGAGCGGAAAUCGAUGCAGCAAAUGACUCACAACGAACUCCUUUGCACAUCGCAACUGAAAAUGAUCAGGUCGAAAUAGCUGAGUUUUUAAUAGAAAAUGGAGCAGAAAUCAACGCGAAAAACACCCAUCAGGAAACUCCCUUACAUGUAGCAUCUAAAAACGGUAAAAUCGAGUUAGUGAGGUUGUUAACUGAAAACGGGGCAGAUAUCAAUGAAAAAAGCGAUUUCCAGGUGAGAUUUAUUUUCCAAUAUUUUUUAAUUCUUCCACAUCAUUUUUUCACUUCCACAAUAAAUUUUAUUUCUACUGGACCUGUACGAAAAAAUAUAAAAAAAUUUCUUCUUUUUGUAAGUUUAUUACUCUGAAG